AAAUGAAGGGGACAGUGUGUUUUUUUAUUUGGACGUAUUUCGUGGCGUCGGGGAUCGCUUUUGUCGCCGGUAUAGGCUCGGCGGAUCCUGACGAUUUUCGAAAAAUGACCGCCCCAUCGAGGAAGAAAUGUAUCAAAGAGACCAAGACUACUAUUCAGGCUAUCGAAGAUGCCGAGUACGGGGAAUUCCCCGAAGACGAUGAGAAAUUAAAGUGCUACUUCAAAUGCGUCCUGGGGAAAUUUAACAUAAUGGAUAACAGUGGCAAGAUAAAAUACAAUAUGUUGAAAAAGGUGAUACCUGAACCUUACAAAGAAGUGGCCUUCGAUAGCUGCGCCAAUCCUACUGGGAAAGAUAACUGCAACAAAGCCUACAACUUUAUGAAGUGCUUGUACUUCGCUAAUCCCAUGGGCGAAUAUAAUAUUAAUCUUCCACGAUCGCUCAAGAGGAGUUUCGUGUUUUACGCGACCAAAUAG